AUGUCGAAUAAGGAACCAGAAUCAGGAGACCUGCAAGACUCACUUACUGCAAUUGACUACAUCAACCAACAGGAAGAGCUCGAAAGAGAGGCUCGAACUUUGAUGCCGUUUGAUCCAAAUGAAUGCACUUAUGACUUAGGGGAAUUGAGACAACAAAUAUAUGCUUGUUUAACAUGUUCCAAAAUGAAUGACAAUCAGCCCAUUGGAGUAUGCUAUUCAUGUUCUAUUCAGUGUCAUUCGAAACACGACUUGGUUGAAUUGUUCAGCAAACGAUCAUUCUUGUGCGAUUGUGGAACCACGAGAAUGGCAAAGACGCCUAACGGAGCUUGCAGCUUGAGAAGAGCAGAUCGCAGUAAUACGGGGCCUCUAGCGGGAGCACAGAGCCGAAAAUCGAGCCAUAUUGACCUCCCUGCAGAGGAUAUACCAAGCAAUUCAAAUGCUUAUAACCAAAAUUUUCAUGGUAAGUUCUGUGCCUGUAAGCAUUUAUACGAUCCAGCCAAAGAAACUGGUACCAUGUUGCAGUGCUAUUUUGGAUUUGUCUGCGGUGAAGACUGGUUUCAUGAUAGAUGCAUUAUGGGAUUGAGUCGUGAUUAUCAUACAACCGAGGAUUCAAACAGUUUACCCGCAAUCGAUGGGAACCAAUUUCCCAUAGAAACAACUCUGAGUGAUGAGGAUUCAGACGAAGCGGAUGAUGGCUCUGCUCAAUAUCGACUAGAACACUUCCCCCAUUUGAAAACGUUUGAUGAAUUCAUUUGUUGGCAAUGCGUCUCCAAGUUUCGUAAAAAUUUCAACCAAUUGGAUCAAGAGUUUCCCGGAGUCAUUGUGGAGAAGCUACCCCGAUUCGUUGGAGUCAAGAGUUUAGACGAAUGGAAAGAAUUACAAGAAAAAGCGAAUGAACCAAGAGUGAAGCGAACGAAAACGGAAACGACAAAUGACCAGCAUGACAGUGAAGGGUACUCAAUUUUCUUAGCCCGAAACUUUAAGAAAAAGUUGCAACAUGUGUCUAAACUCGAUCAUCAAUCAAAUUUAUACCAAUUUCUUCAAAACAAUCUGUUUUUGUACGAAGAUGAUACCAUUUACAAGCCGCCUGAAGAUGAUUCCGAUGACGCAUGGUCAUCAACUGCAUCCAACACAGAGCUGUCAGCUCUUGACGCGAUACAAUCUUUACCUCGCGAUCAAGCAAUUGAAGGAAUUCAAGCAUACAACGCCAUAAAAUCCAAACUUCGAGAUUUUUUCAAACCGUUUGCAGAACAAGGUAGAGUUGUUACUGAGGAUGAGGUGAAGAAUUUCUUCGGAGAAAUGGCGACAAAGGAGAAGCCAUCAGAAUGA